AUGCCUCAGUUUCCCUCAGAGUCCGGAAGCCCCCGCGCCGCGCUGCUUCUGCUGCUCCUGCGGCCGGUCAAGCGGCUGCGGCGGCGCUUCCGGCUGCUGCUGGCGAUCGCCGUGGUGUCGGUGGGGCUCUGGACUCUUUAUCUGGUGGCGUCGGCCCAGGUCGGCGGGAACCCCCUGAACCGGAGGUAUGGCAGCUGGAGAGAACUGGCCAAGGCUCUGGCCAGCAGAAACAUUCCAGCUGUGGAUCCAAAUCUCCAGUUCUACCAUCCCCAGAGGCUGGGCCUCCAGUUCCGGGGCCGUGCCAACCUGCAUGUGUUUGAAGACUGGUGUGGCAGUUCCAUCCAGCAGCUCAGGAGGAACCUCCACUUCCCACUGUACCCCCAUAUCCGCACAACCCUGAGGAAGCUGGCCGUGUCCCCCAAAUGGACCAACUACGGCCUCCGCAUCUUUGGCUACCUGCACCCCUUCACCGAUGGGACAAUCCAGUUCGCCAUUGCUGCAGACGACAACGCAGAAUUCUGGCUGAGCCGUGACGACCAGGUCUCAGGCCUUCAGCUGCUGGCCAGUGUGGGCAAGACUGGAAAAGAGUGGACUGCCCCUGGAGAGUUUGGGAAAUUUCGGAGUCAAAUUUCCAAGCCAGUGAGCCUGUCAGCCUCCCGCAGGUACUACUUUGAGGUGCUGCACAAGCAGAAUGACGAGGGCACUGAUCACGUGGAAGUCGUGUGGCGACGGAACGACCCUGGAGCCAAGUUCACCGUCAUUGACUCCCCUUCCCUGUCCCUCUUCACAAAUGAGACAAUCCUAAGGAUGGAUGAGGUGGGCCACAUCCCACAGACGGCAGCCAGCCAUGCAGGCUCCCUGCACUCUCUUCCCAGAGACGAGGAGCCCCCUGUUGACAUGCUUCAGCCUGACCCUAGGGACACCCUCUAUCAAGUGCCUCUGAUCCCCAAGUCUCAUCUCCGCCACGUCCUGCCUGAUUGUCCCUACAAACCCAGCUACUUGGUGGAUGGGCUCCCCCUGCAGCGCUACCAGGGCCUCCGGUUUGUUCAUCUGUCCUUCGUUUACCCCAAUGACUACACCCGCCUGAGUCACAUGGAAACCCAUAACAAAUGCUUCUAUCAAGAAAGCGCAUUCUACCAGGACAGGCUCAGCUUUCAGGAGUACAUCAAGAUCGACCAGCCUGAGAAACAGGGGCCGGAGCAGCCAGGAUUUGAGGAAGGCCUCCUGGAAGAGUCCCAGUAUGGAGAGGCAGCAGAGGAGCCCCCUGCCUCCACUGACCAGAAUGGCAGGAUGCCAGAGAGAAAACAAGUGCCUACCUCUACCCCCGGGCAGGGUGUUACUGACUACCGCCUCCGAAGCCUGCGGGAACUCCUGGCUCCUCCCCACAAGGGGCUGCUGGUCCCCUUUUCCAAGCAGAACUCUACAGCUCCCUUCCCUCCGAGAACCAGCAACAUCCCAGCCCAGCCAUCAGAGAAGAGGCAGAGGAAACCCAGCCCUGAACCCAGCCAAGAUCCACCUCAUUCUGACAAGUGGGCCCCUGGGCACCUGGCUGUGAACUUGCCUCAAGUUAAGAGGCCCAAGCCCACUGGUGACAGUCCCAGGAAGACUCUAGGGCAGUCCCAGUGGCUGAAUCAAGUUGAAUCCUACAUUGCAGAGCAGAGGAGGGGUGACAGGAUGGAGCCUCUGGGCCCGAGGAGGGGUUGGCACGGGGAGGAGGAGGUGGUCGCAGCUGCAGGCCAGGAAAGACAAGUGGAGGGGGAGGAGGAGGGAGAGGAAGAGGAAGAGGAAGAGGAUAUGAGCGAGGUGUUCGACUAUGUGCCCAUGUUUGACCCAGUGGUAAACUGGGACCAGACCUUCAGUGCCCGGAACCUGGACUUCCAAGCCCUGCGGACUGACUGGAUUGAUCUGAACUGUAACACAUCUGGCAACCUGAUGCUUCCAGAGCAGGAGGCUCUCGAGGUCACACGAGUCUUCUUGAAGAAGCUCAACCAGAGGAGCCGGGGGAGAUACCAGCUACGACGCAUUGUGAAUGUGGAGAAGCGUCAGGACCAGCUGCGUGGGGGUCGCUACCUCCUGGAGCUUGAGCUGCUGGAGCAAGGCCAACGGCUGGUGCGCCUCUCUGAGUAUGUGUCUGCGCGAGGCUGGCAGGGCAUCGAUCCAGCUGGUGGGGAAGAGGCUGAGGCCCGGAAUCUGCAGGGCCUUGUUUGGGGUCCACACAACCGCCGGAGACGUGUCCUGAAUGUCCAAGCCCCAGAGCCCAAGCUGUGCUGGCCCCAGGGCUUCUCCUGGAAUCACCGAGCUGUGGUCCACUUCAUCGUGCCUGUGAAGAACCAGGCGCGCUGGGUGCAGCAGUUCAUCAGAGACAUGGAAAAGCUGUUCCAGGUCACUGGCGACCCACACUUCAACAUCAUCGUCACUGACUAUAGCAGUGAGGACAUGGAUGUCGAGAUGGCCCUAAAAAGGUCCAAGCUGCGGAGCUACCAGUACAUGAAACUGAGUGGAAACUUUGAGCGCUCAGCUGGACUUCAGGCUGGCAUAGACCUGGUGAAGGACCCACACAGCAUCGUCUUCCUCUGCGACCUCCACAUUCACUUCCCAGCUGGAGUCAUCGAUGCCAUCCGGAAACACUGUGUGGAGGGCAAGAUGGCCUUUGCCCCCAUGGUGAUGAGGCUGCACUGUGGGGCCACCCCCCAGUGGCCUGAAGGCUACUGGGAGGUAAAUGGAUUCGGACUGCUUGGCAUCUACAAGUCAGACCUGGACAGGGUUGGGGGCAUGAACACUAAGGAGUUCCGAGACCACUGGGGCGGGGAAGACUGGGAGCUGCUGGACAGGAUCCUCCAAGCGGGCCUAGAAGUGGAACGUCUCUCUCUCAGGAAUUUCUUCCAUCACUUCCAUUCCAAGCGAGGCAUGUGGAACCGCCGCCAGAUGAAGAUGCCAUAA